AUGUUCGCACUCCGAUUCACCUCUCUCUUCUUCCUUUUCUCUACUGCGUCCCUGGUGGCUGCCAGCCCGACUCCCGUCGCCGAAGCGCUCUCUGUCGACAAGCGAGCAUCGUCUGCGGAUGUUUCCGGCGUCGUGACCACCCUCCAGACAUCGGUCGGCUCCAUCUUGCCCCAAAUCGACUCUCUCGUCUCGAGUGGAAGUGCGACGGAUCAGACCGUCACCCCGCUCAUCGGCCAAUUGACCACCGCUUUGGACACCGCUGUGAUUGCACUCGGAGAACUCCCGCUCUCCCGCAAACGUCAGUCGACCGAUCAAGUGGCAAACUUGGUUGCUGGUAUCAUUAAGGACAUCACCACCACUCUCGAUGGACUGACGCAAACGGCGUCGACUGUGCCCGGCCUCGGGGGUCUCCUCGCCGGUGUCGAUACCUCGCUGAAUCAAGUCCUGAUCGGACUUGAGACUCUUCUUGCUGGUGUGCUCAAUCUCGUGGCAAAUCUAUUGGUUGACGUCGCUGGCUUGCUUCGAUCUCUCGCGCUCGGCCUGACCUUGGCUACGCUCGGUCUCUGA